CCUGCGAGGCAACACUGAGGGCGUUUUUGUCGUCUCCACAUCCUGUUUACGCUCAGUGUAAAGGCUGUGGUUUGUUUAAGGUCUAAGUGAGCAAAGGAGCUUGGCUGACAUGCCACCCUCGUCGAUCUAAACGUGAUUGACAAGCUGGAAGAAUAAGGAACAAUCCUCGUGGCCUCAGUUCCUGUCAGCAUCCGCCAUGUCGUGCCGGGACAUCCAUGCCACCAACGCUUUUGCCUUCAUCAUUGCCUUUGUGUCUGUAGGAGGAAUCGCUGUGGCAGCGUCAAUCCCACAGUGGCGUAUAACAAGACUUGUUACUUUCAAUCGUAAUGCCAAGAAUAUCAGCGUGUAUGAUGGGCUGUGGACUAAAUGUGUGAAACAGGAUGGCUAUUCAGGAUGUUACUACUAUGAUUCAGAGUGGUACUCUAAAGUGGACCAGCUAGAUCUGCGACUCCUGCAGUUCUGUCUUCCUACAGGCCUGCUGCUCGGCUCUAUAGCCUUGCUGCUGUCCAUGUCAGGAAUGUGCAAGACAUGCUGCUGCUCAGACAAGCCUGAACCGGAUAUUAAGACCAUCAGAUUCCUGGUCAACAGUGCAGGUUGUCACCUGGUGGCUGGGAUGUUCCUGUUCCUCGGGGGAGCUAUAGCCAUUGCACCCUCAGUAUGGUUCCUGUUCCGCACCAAGGAAAUGAACAUCAGAUACGACCACAUUUUCUCUGAUGGCUUUGCUGUGUAUGUAUCUAUAGGCUGCUCUGGAGGGCUAAUGCUUGCUUCCCUCCUGAUGUUCAUGUGGUACUGUAUGUGUAAAAAGUUGCCUUCACCCUUCUGGUUGCCCCUGCCCUCCAUGCCUACUUCUCUGUCCACCCAGCCUCUCACUGCCAACGGGUAUCCUCCUUCCCCAGUUUAUGGUCCUCAGCCCUUCCCACCACAGAGCUAUCCUCCCACAGUGAUUGAUGCCCAACCGUAUGUGCCUGCCCAAGGGUACGCGCCAAGUGUGGUGGCCCCUGCACCGCCACAGGUGUACAUGUCUCAGAUUUCUGCUCCAGAGGGAUAUGGUUCAGAGGUGGGGGGGACUCAGGCCUACAGCUAUGCUCCCUCACAGAGCUAUGCACCUUCACAGAGCUACGCUCCGUCUCAGGGUUAUGCGUCCAGCUACGCAGGCCACCGCUACUCUUCCCGCUCGCGGAUGUCUGCCAUAGAGAUCGACAUUCCCGUGCUGACGCAGGGACAGUAAGAGAAGAAAAGCCAACAUCGUCGGCACAUUGAAGUCCAUGAACCUCCAUGAAGUUCACUACUGACAAAACUAAUACAGUAUGAUAGAUGAAAGUUAAUAAUAGGAAAGCUGUUUACAGCGCAGAGAGUGAUGGCUUCAAGAAUACAGGCCGACAGUCCAGGUCUGUAAGUAGGCAAAAUUGAAAUGACACCCUGGAGGUAGUAUAUGAAGGAUGAGUUUUCUUUAAAAUAAAGGUCACUAAAGUAUCACUGUAAACAACGCUGUACUCAGCACAUGUAAGUGUUAUAGAAAGGGAAGAAAAUAACACUAUUUUCUGUAAAAAUUCUGAAAGACACUUAAAUUGCAUAGCUUUAUUCAUUACUGGCUGUAAGUAAAUGGUUACUAGCAUUUGGUUUUAUGUAAAUUCCCUCUCUUGACUUUGCAUUAAACAUGGUUCUGACUGCCAAAAAGCUAGUGACAGCUAGUCAGUAAAAUUAUAUUUUUCAGUUACAUUUGUUUAUGUCCAGCACUGUACAUACCUACUCAUAUGACUUGUCAUUUUUGCUGUGUCAUGUUGACAGUACAGGAGGGGCUUUUGUCACUACUGAAAAUAACACUGACUGUCAGCUACUUUAAAUGCUGCGGGUCUGAAUUGACACAACUACUAACCGAUUCACCUGUUGCCUAACAUGAACUGUUAUUAUAUUGUUGUAAUGUCACAGUAUCCUUUUGAAGAGGAGCUGUUAUUGUCUCUAAAGCACUAAUUAUGUGUAUAACUGUGCCAGUUUACAUUGCUUUUGUUCACUGACUUUGUUAGCCUGGAAUAUUUUAUAACAUCUCACUUCAUAAUCACUAAGAAAUUUGCGGAUGUUAAAAACACAAAGAAAUGGCAAGAACUUUGGGGCGCGUUAUCUACACUACACGUCAGCUGAUUGAUCUGAUGAUUAAAAUUUUGCUUAACUUAGCUGGAAGUGUAACAUCAUGAAGUUGUUUAGUGAUGGUAAUACUUGUGAUUAAGACAAACCCAUUGCCUUUUGUUUUGUAUAAUGAGCACUGAUCAACAUUUCUUCAAUGUCUAAUGUUUUUUCAUCUUGUUAGUUUACAAAGUUGAUGUCAAUGAUGUCAUGUUUUUCUACACUGUAAUCUUUUUUUUUAUUAUUAAAACAAAUCACAGUG